AUGCUCGCCAUGAAAAUUGUGCUUAUUCGAAAAGGUUCGCACUCACAACCUUCCGUAAACACCUCGUUCGAUCCGUGUACGGACUUUUAUCAGUACGCUUGUGGAAACUACGACCAACUGGUUUCAUUCCAUUUUGCUGAUGCCAACAACCUUAAGAUCAUGGCAGCUCAAUUGAACAGUCCAUCGUAUCAGGCCACAGUCAAGAGUUCUACGGCGUUGACGAAGGAAAAAGCUUUUUCUGAUGCGUGCAUCAGUGCUACAUUGGACAACAGUA